AUUCCACGCGUUGUUAGUACUUAUUUGUUAACCAUGGCGCAAACCAAAUGUAAAAAAUUUUAACUGACAGUCUUCGCCGAAGUGGACUACCAGCUGUCUCUUCACUUUCAAAGUUAACCGCAACCAACCUCUUCAGUCUUCACUUCAUAAAACUCUCACGUCCUCUCACGGAUUUCCCGCUUUCAACGAGAAAAAAGAGCUCUUACGACCUUUUUUUGCCUUCUUCUUCUACUCACACUGCCAUCGGUGUCCACCGGUGUUAACUUGGAAUCCUAGGCUGGCUUUCUCUGUAAAAAAACAAGGAUGGGAGUGGACGGUGCAAUCGGAGGCGAAGGGGUCAGAAGAAGAGGAUGUUCAUGCACAAAAGACGAUUUUCUCCCUGAGGAGUCGUUUAAGAGCUGGGGCAAUUAUGUCCAAGCGCUAAGGGAAACCCCGCGCCGAUUCAUGGACCGAGUGCUCACCCGAUCACUUGACUCAACAGAGCUCCACGAAAUCAAGGCUCGGAGCCAGCAUGAGAUGAAGAAGACCCUCUCGUGGUGGGACCUUAUUUGGUUCGGUAUCGGUGCCGUCAUCGGCGCCGGCAUUUUCGUUCUUACCGGACUCCAAGCCAAAGAAGUCUCUGGCCCCGCUGUGGUUUUGUCCUACGUAGUGUCCGGUGUCUCGGCCAUGCUUUCCGUGUUUUGCUACACAGAGUUCGCGGUUGAAAUUCCUGUUGCAGGUGGCUCGUUUGCCUACCUUAGGGUGGAGCUGGGUGACUUCAUGGCUUUCAUUGCUGCUGGUAACAUUCUCCUGGAGUAUGUUAUUGGAGGUGCAGCGGUAGCCCGGUCAUGGACUUCCUACUUUGCCACCCUCUGUAAUCACCAACCUGAAGAUUUCCGCAUCUUAGUCCACAGCAUGCCCGAGGACUAUGGCCAACUUGAUCCUAUUGCCGUUGUUGUUGUGUCCAUCAUCUGUGUCCUUGCUAUCCUUAGCACCAAGGGCUCUUCACGCUUCAAUUACAUUGCUUCCAUCUUCCAUGUUAUCGUUAUUAUCUUCAUAAUCGUUGCUGGGUUUUCAAAAGCGGAUACCAAAAACUACAGCGAUUUUAUGCCCUUUCAUGUCCGCGGUAUUUUCAAGUCUUCGGCUGUGCUUUUCUUUGCAUAUGUUGGUUUUGAUGCUGUUUCGACAAUGGCGGAAGAGACUAAAAACCCUGCUCGUGAUAUCCCUAUUGGUCUUGUUGGCUCGAUGGUAAUAACAACAACUGCAUACUGUUUGCUUGCUGUGGCAUUGUGCCUAAUGCAACCUUUCACGCAGAUUGAUAAGGAUGCCCCAUUUUCAGUAGCAUUUGAAGCUGUAGGGAUGUCAUGGGCUAAGUACAUUGUUGCUGCAGGUGCGUUGAAAGGCAUGACGACUGUUUUGCUAGUCAGUGCCGUUGGUCAAGCACGAUAUCUCACACAUAUUGCACGAACCCACAUGAUGCCACCAUGGCUAGCUCAAGUCCAUCCAAAGACUGGGACACCAAUUAAUGCUACCAUUGUCAUGCUUGCUGCAACAGCAAUUAUCGGCUUCUUUACAGAUCUUGGGAUUCUUGCCGAUCUUCUAUCCAUAUCAACAUUAUUCAUCUUCAUGCUUGUGGCUCUUGCGCUUCUUGUUCGGCGUUACUAUGUCAGUGGUGAGACAACUACAGCAGACCGUAACAAACUAAUCGCUUGCAUUGUGCUUAUUCUUGCGUCUUCAAUUGCAACAGCAGCUUAUUGGGGUCUAAGUGACAACAAUGAUUGGAUCGCUUAUGUGAUCACAGUGCCAAUUUGGUUCUUAGCUACUCUGGCACUGCAUGUUUUUGUUCCACAGGCUAGGAGUCCAAAACUAUGGGGUGUACCAUUGGUACCAUGGUUACCAUCGGCUUCCAUUACUAUUAACAUUUUCCUGCUGGGAUCAAUUGAUGGGGCAUCCUUUAUAAGGUUUGGUAUAUGGACUGUUGUGCUGCUGUUGUACUAUUUCUUCUUUGGAUUACAUGCAUCUUACGAUACAGCAAGGGAAUCAGGAGAAAAUAAAAUCGGAGAAGGCUGGAAGAAAGUUGAAGAAGGUGUUGUAUCUUCAGAGGCCAAGUGAUCUGCGAUGGAACACUUACAAACGGUGGCAAACUACCAAUUCUUCUACAAAUUCUAGUGGGUAAGCGUGUUUGUUUAUUGUUGUGAAUUGUGAUCAAUGUGUGUGUGGUAGGAAAUCUUGUUCUAUUGUCAAGUAGCAUUUCUUCCACAAAUCGUAGAGGAGAAUGUUUGUUUUAUAUAGGAAGUAUAAAAAUUCUCUCCUCAGGUUGUCACAGGUUCCUAUUUCGGUGAAAGGGUGUGAAUAUCUAUGAUGACGGUUGUCUGUUUGAACUUUGCACAUUUUAAUCAAACAUGCUUUCCACACUCGUAAGCAACAUUUGGUGCAUAUGAUUAUUGAUAAAAUUAACCCGUGAAGUAACUGUUAAG